CACCUUGUUGUUUAUAUUCUGUCUCUAUCCACCGAUCUCCUUCAACCACCGACCUUCCUCAAUUCAUAUAAGGCGGUAGUCACCACCACCCUACAAAAUGGGCUCGAUAGGCACAAAUGGGACCGAAAGGCCCGAGUCAUUGUCUGGAUACUAUGAGGAAGCCGACACCGGUUAUAAAAUCACAGAAGAACGUCUUGGAACGCCCAGGCGGCUUCGCGUUGUCAUGGUUGGAGCUGGUGCCAGUGGACUCAACAUGGCUCGCCACAUGGAACUGCAUAUGGAGAACUACGAGCUUAUGAUAUACGAAAAGAAUGCUGAUGUUGGUGGCACUUGGUAUGAAAAUAAAUAUCCUGGGUGUGCCUGUGAUAUACCAUCCCACAACUAUCAAUUCACGUGGGAAUCCAACCCGAAUUGGUCUAAUUUCUACUCGACGUCGCAAGAGAUUUUGAAGUAUUUUAAAGAAAUCGCCGACAAAUACGCACUUUACAAAUACAUCAAACUGAAUCAUUAUGUGCAUGACGCAAAGUGGGACGAGGAAGCCGGAAUUUGGAAUGUCAAGGUCAAGGAUAGCACCACUGGGGCGAUCGUAGAGGAUUGGGGCCACAUCUUCAUCAAUGGAUGUGGUAUACUGAACAACUGGAAGUGGCCCAGCAUCCCAGGCCUGAAGUCAUUCAAAGGUGCACUGAUCCACAGUGCGGCUUGGGACGAUAGCCACAACCUCAACGGCAAAGACGUCGCCGUUCUCGGAUGCGGUUCUUCCGGUGUUCAAAUCAUCCCUACCAUUCAGCCUGACGUGAAGUCACUCACCACGUUCGUUCGGACGCCCACCUGGAUUACGGCAGGAUUCGCCCAAAAUCAUGCAGGUCCAGGCGGUUCCAAUUUCGCCUUUAGCGAUAAGCAAAAGCAAGAAUUCCGAGACGACCCUAAGAAGUACCUGGAGUACAGGAAGUCCAUCGAAAGCGAAUUGAACCAUCGCUUUAAACUGGUGAUCAUGGGAAGUCAAGAACAAGAGGAAGCUCGGCUUUUUUCCAUCAACGAGAUGAAGACCAAACUCGGAUACGAUGAUCGCCUGGCCAAGGCAAUGAUCCCAGACUUCGGUGUCGCAUGCCGCCGUCCGACUCCAGGAAAUGGAUACCUCGAGUCGUUGACCGCAGACAACGUCCGCGUGGUUAUUGACCACAUCCAAGAGGUUGUUCCCGAGGGUAUCAAGUUGACGACGGGUGAAAUACUCAAGAUCGACGCAUUCAUCUGCGCCACAGGCUUUGACAUCUCUUUCUUUCCCCGGUUCAAAGUAACGGGCCGGAAUGGAACAGUGCUCUCAGAGCAAUGGGCAGACAAGCCUGAGGCUUACCUUUCAGUCGCUACGAACAAUUUUCCGAAUUACUUCAUGUUUCUCGGCCCCAACUCACCAGUCGGACACGGCUCUGUGCUUCCCAUAAUCGAGCACAACACCAAGUAUCUCAUCAAUUUCAUGAAAAAAAUCCAAACACAGAAUAUCAAAUCGGUCAGCCCGAAGGUCGAAGCGAUCCGCGACUUCAACAUUCACAUCACCGAAUUCAUGAAACGCACAGCCUGGGCGACACCGUGUCGCAGCUGGUUCAAGAAUGGCACCGUGGAUGGACCCAUCGUCGCACUACACCCCGGCGGACGUAUCCAUUGGUUUCACAUGCUCACCGACAUUCGCUAUGAGGAUUUUGACUUUACAUAUAUGACAAAUAACAGAUUCCAGUACUUGGGUGACGGAUUCUCCACCAAGGAAACGGUUGGAAAGGACAACGCAUGGUACUUUGACGACCCAGAGGAAGGUUACCGGCCUUACUAGAUGUUACAUUGCCGUUCGGGUUCGUAACAUCAAAAAGGGCAACGGCUUCGGGUUGCUAAUGCAGAAUGAACAUCAUCUUUUGACAGCACUUCGCAUCGAGUAUAGCUUAAACAGGGCCGUGCUAUUGGCUGCUUAUGUAGAAUGUACGCAACCUUGUUCGUAGAAAUAUGGGCUUUUUGGUAUCAGAGUCUUCUCCCGGCGCAGUUUUCAC